AUGCUAUCUGACCCAAAUGAGCCACCUGGUGGUGAAACUGUUGAAAAACUCCCCCUUUUCUCUCAGUGUAGUAAGAAUGAGGCAUGUGGCACCAAGAAUGCAGCAUGCAAGAACCAGAUAUGCGACUGUACAGAGACAUACUAUAAUGCUGGGGACACUUGUGAACCUAAGGGUGUAGUUAAUGCCCCAUGUUUGGAUGGAAGUGUUAAAUGUAUCGUGUCCAACAGUGAAUGCAAACUCGGCUAUUGUGUCUGCCUCCCGAACUUCUUCAACAAGGAUAAAUCAUGUGUUGUAAGGAUUGGACUUAAACAGAUCUGUGGAAGUGGAGAUAUAUGUGCCAACAAGAAUGCCCAAUGUGAUGGUGGUCGUUGCCAAUGCAAACCUCUUUUCUAUCAGGACCUAGAUACAUGCAAGCCCCGUGGAGACCUGAAUGCACCUUGUCUUCCUGAUGGUACAUGUAAUGAAAAGAAUGUGGAGUGUAGCACCACGGAGAUAUGUGUCUGUCAACCUGAUCACUUUGAGAAAGAAAACAAAUGUGUUGUAAGGGUGCCUCUCAACAGUGUGUGUAGCUUGGGAGAUAUAUGCAUGGACAGUAAUGCUGAAUGUAGGGAGGGCAACUGCAGGUGUAGGGCAGGUUAUGAACAGAAGGAUAAUAUUUGUACCUCUGCUGGGAGAUUGAACUCACCAUGUCUGUCAGGAGAACUCUGCUUGGAUGUCCACUCUGUAUGUAAAGAUGGCGAAUGUGUAUGUGACAAGAACUAUUUCAUAAGGAACAGCCAAUGUAGGACCAAGUUAGGUCUAGAUAGUGUGUGUGGUAUAGAGGACCAGUGUGCUGAUCCACAUGCCCAAUGCAGGAGUGGAGUCUGCCAGUGUCAGGACAAUUAUUACCAAAAUGGAACCAUUUGUGAAGCCACAGGAGGUUUGAAUAGUCCAUGUAGCGUACCAAACACAUUGAACAGUGUUAGGCUCAGUACAUGUGUGGACAGUAAUGCAGAGUGCAUACAGGGAUUCUGCCAAUGUGGCAGUGAAUACUUCAACCUAAGAGGAAGAUGCGUGAAGAAGAGACCAUUGAAUUCAGUGUGUAAUCCAGAGGAGGUGUGCCAGGACCAGAAUGCAAUAUGUUCUGGAGGAGUCUGUACAUGCCAACCAGAAUUCUUUGAAGACCAAAGUGGACAGUGUAAACACAAAGGUCAUCUGAAUACACCUUGUCUCUCAGGAGACAGUUGUCUUGACAACAAUGCUGAAUGCAGCACUGGUGUAUGUAUCUGUGCACAGGAGUUCUACGAGAAGAACGCCAUAUGUAGGCCCAAGAUUCGUCAUGGGCAAAAGUGUGAGGCUGAUGAUAUAUGUGAAAGCAAGUUUGCCAUAUGUAAAGACAACAGAUGUGCUUGUCUCAGGGGAUAUGGCUCAUACAACAACUCAUGUACCCCUCUGGGAGGAUUAAACUACCCCUGUUUUGAAGAUGGUACCUGCCAAGACAGAAACGCAGAGUGCAAUGGUCUUUACUGUAAAUGCGCUGAGGGAUUCUUCGAUAGCUACGGCAUAUGUGUACCAGAGCUAGGGUUGGACUCCCCCUGUGUUGAUGAGUUCAAAUGUGCUGACCAACAUAGUGCCUGUAUAGAUGGCGUGUGUGCAUGUUUGGAAGGAUAUUUUGAACGUGAUCAACAGUGUGAUCAAAAGGGAAAGAUUGGUGUACCUUGUCUCAUUGAUGGGUCGUGUACUGACACAAAUGCAGCAUGCACCAGUGGAAUAUGUCUCUGCAAGCCAACUCACUUCCAGAAGAAGGGCUUAUGUCGUCCAAAUAUCAGACUGAACAGCCAGUGUGAUGUUGAUGAUGUAUGUGAAGACGCUAAUGCGCAGUGCAGUAACAAUAAAUGCCAGUGUAAGGCCAGCUAUACUGAAGACAAUGGCAUAUGUGCAUCUGCAACUGGUCAGGGUUCAGCUGAUGCCCAAUGUUUACCUGGUCAGGUGUGUGUGGACAAGAAUGCAAUAUGUGCCCAGGGGAUCUGUAGAUGUACUAAUCUAUUCUUUGCUAAAGAGGGACAGUGUGUGCCAAAGCCAACUCUUGGUUCUGUGUGUCCUGAUGGUAUAUGUGAAGACAACAAUGCUGUGUGUACAAGCAACAGAUGUGAAUGCAGUGAGACAUUCUUUGAGAGGAACUCUGUGUGUGAGCGCAAAGGUCGUAUCAGUACGCCUUGUAUAGAGCCUGAUAUCUGCACUGAUACUAAUACAGUAUGUACUGGAGGACUGUGCCUAUGCAGACCUGGACAUUUUAUCAAAGAAGGCUUGUGUCGUCCCAAGUUGAAUAUAGGAGAACAGUGUAUAACACAAGAUGUAUGUGCAGACUCCAAUGCCCAGUGUAUUAAUGGCAAAUGUAGCUGCCAGACAGGCACUGUCUUACAAGAAGGACAAUGCAAAUUUGGUCUGUCAACCCCUACACCCCCAUGCAGUCCCACUGGUCAAUGUUCUGACGCCAAUGCACAGUGUGUGUCUGGCCUUUGUCUGUGUACAUUGGGGUACUUCUAUAAAGCAGCCAUAUGUGUGCCAGUGAUAAGCCUUAACUCGCAAUGUGUAGAAGGAGACGUUUGUUCUGAUGCCAACUCUGCCUGUAGGAAUGGAGUCUGUCUAUGUGCCAAUGACUAUUAUGAGCAUAGGGGGACAUGUGAGGUGAGGGGUAAGCAAGGCAGACCAUGUGACACAUUAGGGAGAUGUCUGGGAGUAAACACCAUGUGUAACCUUGGCCUUUGUACUUGUGCUAGUGGAACCAUUGAGAUUGAUGGAUUAUGUGUUGGUCAGGUUGUCCUAGGAGAGCAGUGUAGAUCAACAGCCCAGUGCAAGACAGACAGGUCAGCCUGUACAUCAGGGCUAUGUAGGUGUAUUGAUGGAUAUCAGAGAAAUCAGCUGAACAUUUGUGUGUAUGAUGGUGAGGCAGGGUCUUUAGACGCUAAAUGCCUACCAGGGAACAUUUGCACAGAGGAGAAUUCGUACUGCAACCAAGGGGUCUGUAAAUGUGUGGAUGGGUAUUUUGAAAAGAGCAGGAAAUGUGCUGCUAAGAUUGACCUAGGUGGACCAUGUUCCAGUGGAGAAUUCUGCACAGAUAGCAACGCUGGCUGCAUUCAGGGAACAUGCUCCUGUAAAACUGGAUACUUCAACCAAAAUAAUCGCUGUGUUGGUAGAGGUGGACUGGGACGGCCUUGUCUCCCGGACAAUGUGUGUGCAGACUACAAUGCCGAAUGCAGAUUCUCUCUGUGCAUAUGUAGGACCAAUUUCUUUGAGCAGAAUUCAAUAUGUGAGGCACGUGGUGUUCUGAACUCCCCCUGUAUAGAUGGCACUAGGUGUAUUGGGGCAAACACUGUGUGUAAUGCGGGGAUUUGUGGCUGUAUCGGUGAAGCCCUCAGUAAAGAUGGAACCUGUGUGAGAAAGGUCCCACUGAAAGGUGUUUGUAAGAAUGACUAUGAUUGUCUGGAUAGUGCUGCCAUUUGUACCUCGGGGACUUGUUCAUGCAGAUCAGAUUACACUCUGACUAACAAUGUUUGUGUGUCAAGGCGUCAACCUGGUAGUAUAGAUGCCCCAUGUACAGGACAAGGCUUCUGCUUAUACGAGAACAGUCGCUGUGUAGAUGGGAUAUGUAGGUGCCAAGAAGCCUUCUAUGAAAGCAAUGGAAUAUGUGAGAGGAGACUUCCCCUGAGUAGUAGAUGUUCAGCAGAGGGUGUCUGUCUGGGUGAGAAUACUAGAUGUAGCGAAGGGAGGUGUAGCUGUCUUCAGGUGUUCUUCAACAGAAACGAUCAAUGCCUUGCUAAGGGAGGAUUGAAUGCACCAUGUUUCCCUGAAGGGGGUUGCCUUAGUAACCUAGCAACAUGUAGCUCAGGCACCUGUCUAUGCAGAAGUGGACUUGUGAUCAGUAACGGACAAUGUGUUCUGGGAAACAACCAGGUGGGUCAGCUAGGUGGGGCUUGUUUAACGGAUGGCAACUGCUUUGUCACCAACUCCAGGUGUGGUCCACAGGCGAUAUGUAUGUGUGCAAUCAAUUAUAUACAACAGGGAAAUAUAUGUGCUCCCUCUGGUGGCCUGGGCCUACUAGGAGGUGCCUGUGGCGCAGGUGGGACAUGCACAGAUCUACAGGCUGUGUGUGAUGUGAGCAAUAUAUGUGGAUGCAGAUCUGGCUAUGAGGCUAUCAAUAACAUCUGUGUUGUAAAGCCUGGAAUAUUAGGUGGCCCAUGUGGAGUAGGUGGGAAAUGUCCUAUUAAUGCCAUCUGUGAUAGCAGCAACAUUUGUGUGUGUAAUUCAGGAUUCUCAGUCAGUGACAAUGUGUGUGUUGAGCUAGGAGGCACACUUGGAGCUGCUUGUGGCGUAGGUGGGAUAUGUCGCUCUAGUAACACAAUAUGCAACAGCAACAACAUUUGUGUUUGUGAUGAUGGCUUUUACGUUAAUAACCUUUCAUGUGUGCCUACAUUAGUAUAUGGUGCAGCAUGCUCCACUGGUGAUACCUGCAGAGGGGAGUUCUCUAUAUGUAAAGGUGGGACCUGCCAGUGCCUCUAUGAUUAUGAUGUGGAGAACCAGAUAUGUUUGGCAGGGGGUGCAGCCCAGGCAGCAGGGAUAGACUGGAUAUGGAUUGUUAUAAUUGUUGCUGUGCUUGCCCUACUGUUGCUUCUGUGUCUACUGUUGUGCUGCUUGCUCUACUGGUGGAGAAGGAGGCGGAACAAGAAGAAGACUGAAAAGAUGCUGUUGGAACAGAAAUCAGAAACUGUACAAAUUACUCAAGAAAAUGGCAAAAUCAAUGGACUCUUUGUUAAGGACUCCACUGGCAAUGGUACAUUACAAUCAGAACAUAUUGAGAAACAUGAGGAAAUCCCUAUGCAUACCAUGAGCACUAUGAACGGUGGAGUUCUUAUGAAUGGCCAUGGUGGGUAUGUAAACGGAGGGGGUGGAAUUCCCAGGGUGCAAGAUCUAAAUGGGGAGGAAGUCCAUAGUAUAAGUGAAAGUCUUCUGGGGAGUGAUAUAGGGAGUGAAAUGGAUCAGCAUGAUGGCUUUUACGCUAGUCCUACAUCCCCAAGCAGAAAUCGCAAAAUAAGCACUCAAAGUAUACAACGUCAGCUGGCCAUUGAAGCAGCACGCAAACACAGCUCUGGAAGCCUGGAGCGCCACCUAUCACCAAAUUUCGAAACCCAGUCAUUACAGUCGUACCCGACGGGAACACGACGUAUUUCAAUCAUGAAUACGAGUGGAUAUGAGACACCAAUUUCACCGAAUCCCGCAACACAACGUCGGGUCAGUGCGUUUGGAGAGAUUACAGUCAUGCCAGUUGGAAAUGAUGCGUCAUCUGAUAGACAGAUAAUUGUUGAGGAGGAAUUUGUGACUACAAGUGAAGUAUAGACUGCCAAAUAUGUGUAUACAUACAAAAUUUAUCAACCAAAACUGUUGAUUCAUGGUAUUCACCAUUUAGUGUUAUUUUGUUAAUUAAGUCGCAUUUAAGUAAAAACAUUCAUAAAAACAAAAACAAACUACGACUAUGUAAUGUUCCAGAUUGCUUUUUUCUGCAAUUUGAAAUGUUUCGUUUGAAAG